UGCGCCAGCGAAAGAGAGAGUGAGUGAUUGGGAGAGGGCGUAUGAUCAGCGAAAGCGUGACAAAGGAAAGCCCGCUGCCACGCGAUAAUAAUGCAUAUUAUUUAUUACAUAUCCACAUAUGUACAAAUGGGGAGUUUACACAUGUCUGAUAUGGAAGAAGAACAUACAUAUGUAAAUGCAAAUUUUACUACGGGGCAGAUAGUGCUUGGCGAUAACAGGGCCUGAUUCCUAUCUAAACUGUAACAGGUGCCCAGCAGACUCGAGAAACGCGAUCCCGAGAUAAAAUUGAUUGAUAAGGGGGGUUGGGGUGUGUGUAGGACGCGGGGGAAAUGGGGCGGCAAGAACACAAAGCUCAAAGAGAGCUUCACGCAGGAAAGCUUCUUUACGCUGAUUGUUAUUGUUUCUGCGCUCACUCUCUCUCUCCCCCAAUCUCUCUCUGACUUUGGGGCUCGAGUUUCAAUUAGUCAAUUUACCGUUACCGCUACAGUUGCACUUGAUGAACGGCAUCGAACGAACAGCCGAAGCGGAGCCGUGGAGCAGCCGAAGCGGCAGCCGAAGCAGGAGCCGAGCCACCUCGAUAGGCUCAUCCUGGCUCCAUGACGAGCUGCAGCCGGGAGAGCAUGAACCCACCUCCGCCCUCCUGGACUACUGCAAACGGAAGUUCCUUCGUCCCUAUGUGGCUAUCCUGACGCUGGUGGGCCUCAAUCCCAUUUCAACGGAUAUGAGCAAUGUUCGGGCCUGCUGCAGCUACGUCCAGGCGCUGAUGGUGCUAUGUGUGCUGCUUCUCGGCUAUGUUUUGCGGUACAUUUGCGGCUACAGAGGCGAUCGUGGAUUCAACAGCUACCGGGAUAUCAGACCCAUCACCAAUGGAACCGAUGGCGGAGCAGUUACUCCAAACACAAUUGGAGAAUUGCUGUUUGGCUACAUUGUGCCCAGUGCCUUCAAUCUGAUGGGAUUCAUCUCAGCCGUUUUAGUAUGCAAAGUUAUAGACCACGAACAGCUCCAGAACCUCAUCGAGCGGGUGUUCCUGAUGUCCGCCAAGCCGAAGAGACUCUGCCGGAUGCUGUGGUUUUUCUUGGGAGUGGCUCUAGCCUUGCUGAUACUGCUUUUCGGCUACGCCUGCUGCGUGGUGGUGAUGCAGCCUGCCCAAAUCGUAAAGGUGUCCUGGCUGGCCGAGGUCCUAAGCGAUUGGGAGACCGGGCUGCGAGUUGGCCUACUAAUCACCAUACUGCUGCAAGAUCUGGUGGAGAUCAUCAUACUGAGCAACUACUACAUCGAGUGCUACUUGCUAAGGAUGCAUCUGGAGACGCUGUCACAUAAGCUGCUAAUGCAUUCCAUCGACUCGCUGGACUGGAUGAGGGAGGUCCUUGAGUUCCGCAAGCUACUGGAGCGGCUAAAUCAGCACGUAUCCAUCCCUGUGUGCUUCCUGAUUGUGAUGAAUCUGGCGUACGCCUUUGCCGGAUUGGUUUACCUUUUCAAGGACUUUGAUUUCCACUUUUGCGCCCUAAAGCUGGUCCUGCUGAACAUAGCCAAUGUUGUUCUGUGGCUGUUUUUGGGACUGCUGCCCUUUUUCGUGGCAUCCUCGGUGACACGAGUGUGCCAGAAUGCCCAGGCGAACGGCCAUCAGAUACGGGUUCGUCCCUUUGUUUACCAUAAUACCUCGGCGGAGGAUCUCAACUCGACGCUGCUUUUUGCCGCCUCGCUGGAUAUGUCCGCCAAACUCUUCCGGAUGCCCAUCCAGCCGAACUACCUAUGCUUCGCCAUCCUCGUGGUGGUCAUUGUAAUCCUCACGCUUGGCAUGUGCCUGAAUCUCACCGCCCUGGGCAAAAUGUAACCAUGUACUUGUACGGCAAU